AUGCCUCAUAAUAAAUUUAGAGUAGUCCUUGAGAAGGCGUUUUCGUCAGGGAAGCUUCAAUUACCAAAGGAGCAAUUAGACGAAAGCAGAACCCUUUAUCCUGGCGUGCCUAGUAAUGCUUCAAUACAAGUGCUCGGACAGCCACUUCAUGACUCGCCAGAUGGAUCUCACAAAGCACCGGAUCUUGCUGUUUAUCCUCAUCCCACUUUUGUUCCAGACCCUCUCGUCCCACACCCUGGUCCUCCGCCCAGCGAUAGAAGGGGAAACCCUUAUGCGAGGGUAAUUCUUGAAGUAGCUGUGGAUCAAAGUUCUUCUGACUUGAGGGACAAGUGUAGGCUUUGGAAACGACAGUCAGAACGAGCUAUGAAGGCCACGCUUUGGCGACAAGGAGUCGCAAAGCAGAAGUGGCAUUUUGGGACUUUGGAUAAAAACGGUAAUCACUUUCCUCUUGGCACAAAUGUCUGUAAUACUGCGAACGAUCCAAAUUUCAUCAUUAAUAUCCCCGUUGCUGACAUAUUUUAUGAUCCUCCAAUUCCUGCAAUUGGAUAUACACCUUUAGCUGGUCCUCCUCCAGCAUUGUAUAAUGCUAUUGUUGCAAUUGAUCUGUACGAAGUUCAACAGGCAGUUUUAAUGAAGCAGGCAAAAUAA